AUGAAUAUCGUGGCUAUUGCAAGGAUUGGCAAAAGACCAUGUGAGAAUAUGAAGCCAAGCUUACCAUACUCUCCGCCUUCGUGUCUCAAUCAAGUGCCAUGUUUUCUUUCAAAUAUACAAAUCAAACUGGCGGUUAAACCAAGACCAACGAUCAGCCUUGCAAAAAAAACAGAAGCAGAAACUAAUGAGAUUUAUGCUAAGCCUAACUUCAAACCGAUUCAAACUAAUCCUAAUUGUCAAAACGGAGUUUCAAACAAACCAAAUGUUAAAGCUAGCAGAUGGUAUAACCGAGCAAAUCAGAAACAAGAGGUUUCCACAGUUCACGAAAUCAAGAAUAAUCAGAAAAUAUAA